CACAUAAAAAGCUGAAUUUACAGGGCUGUAUCACAGUGUGCACUACUCAUUCUCCACACAAGCAACCAUGGCCCUCACCAAAGAAAACUGCGCAUGCAUCCAUGGCAUAUGGUCAAGUGUGGCACCCCAUCCUGAAAAGUAUGGAGCAGAAGCUUUGCACAGGAUGUUUCUUUGCGACCCCCAGACCAAGACUUACUUCGCUGGUUUUGACUUCCACAAGGACUCUCCUCAGAUGAAGGCUCAUGGCAAGAAAGUAAUUGAUGCUCUGACUAAAGCUUCAAAUCACCUGGACAACAUUGAUGGAGCCCUGAGUGACCUGAGUGACCUGCAUGCUACUAACAUGAGAGUGGAUCCUGCAAACUUCGGACUGCUUUCCCACUACAUUCAGGUGGUCCUUGCUUGCCACUUCCCUGCCAAGUUUGACUGUCACACUCAACAGGCUAUGGACAAGUUCCUGGCUAAAGUCUCAUGUGUUCUGACAAGCAAAUAUCGUUAAAUGUGACAAGAAUGACCGAGGUUUCAUCAAUAUGAUAAACCUGCCAGUGGCUAAAUGUGACAUCUGAUAACAUGUGAAAUAAAAAGGAUUACAUUUCAA